GUCAAGAGCUGCCAUAAAUAAAAGCCAAGAGCUGGAUCCUUUACUUCUCUCUCGGAUUGCCUUGGGGUCUGUUGCCCAGCAGUUCUUUCAGUAGCCAGUAAGUGAUCUGGGCACACUUCUGGCAUGGUUCCGGUGAGUGGUUCUUGUAUGGGUGCUUCACCGCUGCCCGUCUCCCCCAUCCUUGGCAGGUGCAGGAACGGUUCCUGGCUGAUGGGAACGACAGGCUAAAGUUGGUGGUGCUGCUCUGUGGGGAGGAUGAUGACAAGGUCCAGAAUGCUGCAGCCGGAGCCUUGGCCAUGCUGACUGCUGCCCACAAGAAGCUCUGCCACAAGAUGACCCAAGUGACGCCCCAGUGGCUGGAGAUCCUUCAGCGGCUCUGCCUCCAUGAUCGUCUAUCAGUCCAGCACAGAGGCAUCGUCAUCGCCUACAAUCUGCUGGCCGCUGACCAGCAGCUGGGCAAGAAGCUGGUGGAGAGUGAACUACUGGAGAUCCUGACCUUCGUGGGCAAGCAAGAGCCUGAUGAGAAGAGGAAACAGGUGGUGGAGGCUGCCAGGGACUGCCUCAUCAAGUGUAUGGACUAUGGCUUCAUUAAACCCUUCUCUUAAGCCAGAGGCCUGGAAAGGGGGGAGGCUCAACUGGGCCCUGAGUCCUGGGCACAAGACCAGGGACCCCUGGAUCAGCAGGGAGUGGAGAGCAGCCUUCUACCCCUACCACCAUGCAGGGAUGACUAAUGAUACAAUGGGAACCUGAGUAUUUGGGGAUAUCUGUGUGCCCUGAGCUGUGUCCUGCUGGCUUUUGCCAUGUACCCCAAGAAGCCCUGGCUGACCCAGUGCCACCCCGCCAUAUACACACCUCCUACUACUGUGUCCUAUAUGAAAGGAUAACUCCCCUCUUGAAGGGAUCCGAGAGGAGUAAUUUGGGAAAGGCUGGGUAGGUUCUUCUUCACCAACUCCAGAUUAAAUGUCUUUUUUAUUUGCAAAUGGGGUGUGUAAGAUUGGAACUGGAAUUAGAUUAAAUAAAGAAGAACGCUUUUGCCUUUGAA